CGUUUACACUAUCCAGAACUCGAAACCCUAAAGUAAGAAACGUACAAGGUCUGCCGCUCCCUCUCACAGUUUCCUACACUCUCCGACUCCGGCGUCCGCUCCCUUUUCUCGACUUCCGGCAGAGGUCGACGUCAAGCUCGUCGGGAUCUCCGUCCUCGGUUGAAGAAUCCACUCCUUCAACGGACGUUCUCCCCAGUUUAUUAUUCUCCUAACAAAUCUUUGAGACAUGGCAUCCCGAUUUUGGACUCAGGUUUCUGUUCGUUCUACCGCAACUCGGCUAAUUGCACAUUGAUCUUCGAAGUUCCCAGCACUACUUAGACCUAUUCUCUCUAUAAUGCUUUCUCGUCUCUCCGCCUCUCUCGUUGGUCGUAGCUCUCUCGACUCUCCGCAUAUCUGUCUCUCGUCUCCUCUCUGUCACUGUCUGUCCUCGCACGGUCGCACCUCGCAGGAUCGCCAGUCGCCAAUCGCCACCAAAGUUUCGAUGAUCAGUCGCUGCCUCCAAACACGAAAGUCACCACAAAAUACGGAAGUCUCUUCCUCACAAGAGGAUUCUGCAACUACAAAAGAUUGCAUUGUGGUGCUUACAGAUGAUGUAACGGUAUCACUUAGUGCAGUUCUGAAUGCAAUUGGGAUGGUGAAGAAGGAAGGAGUUGAAAAGUUGGAUCCUUUGAUCAUUACUCAGGCUUCAUCUCAGAGUAUCUCUUCAUUGGGACAUUCAUCCAUGGAUGUUGUUAUAGUUAUAUUUAGGUCAUUUGAGUUUCCUAGUGAUCAGUUAUUUGUAGAUGUCACGAGAGUAUUGAAGCCUGGUGCGACUGUUUUACUUAAGCCAACUUCUCUUUCAGCUUCAGAGACAACGACAAAAUCUACACUUGAGCGGAAGUUGCUCUUGGCUGGCUUUGUGGAUGUAAAAUCAUUGGAAUCUGUGUCAUCUUUCGGGAUAACUGGCAAGAGGCCUUCAUGGAAUAUUGGUUCAUCCUUCUCUAUUAAAAAAGUUGCAAAAAGUUUACCCAUAGUUCAGAUAGAAGAUGAUAUGGAUCUCAUUGAUGAGGAUAGCCUUCUAACAGAUGAAGAUCUGAAGAAACCUAAACUUCCAACUGUUGAUGAUUGUGAAGUAGGGAGUACUAGGAAAGCGUGCAAAAACUGUUCAUGUGGACGAGCAGAAGCAGAGGCAAAGGUGGAGCUUGGAUUGACCAUGGAACAGCUAAACAAUCCUCAGUCUGCUUGUGGCAAUUGUGGUUUAGGUGAUGCUUUCCGGUGCGGUACAUGCCCUUAUAAAGGUCUUCCUGCAUUCAAACUAGGCGAGAAGGUAACACUUUCUGGGAAUUUUCUCGACGCCGACAUCUAGGAGCAGAUGUUGAAUUUGAAUAUUAUCAUACAUUUUGCCAUCUCGAGAGUGUUUCUGCUCCUUUGUUCCUAAACAAUGCAGUGCAGCGCCGAAGAAUUGUUUAGAUACGUAGUGAUAAUGUUCAUUUUCUAUAAUAUAGCCUCCACAACAUUUGUUCCAUUUUUCAUCUCUUUUAUACUUUCUUCUACGUGCUGCAAUUGCUAUUAUAACUCUGCGGCUCUAAAACUUAUUUCCUGUUUACUUCUCGAGGCUUAAAUUGUGAUCUGUAGUGCGUAACAGUAACGAACUAAAUACAUUCUUGUCUGUUAUUGUUAGUGGUUU